UGUUUGCACAGUGGAUUGGGCUGUUACCUGGCGAGAAGACAGCGGUACCUGGGUGAUUUCCUGAUUAUCGGUCCUGGGAGAAUUGCCAGUCCUGUGUGGAUGAAACUAUGCUUCCUUACAGAUUGUUGCUACACUGGGAUGGGAGUGCUGUGAAGAAACGGCCCACUCGAAGACUGGGUAGGUCCUGGUCGAACCCUGGACCGGAGCGCCAGGUGGGAAGCGAGGAAUCCGAUGGAGCCAGCAUGGACAUCCUAAUAGGGUCGCUGGAGAGAAAGUUGCAGAGACCUCUUCUGGCCAAGUCCCGAACCCUUCCCAGCAUCCCGCAGUCCCCCACCAUCGCGCGGGUGCACCACUCCGACCUGGUGGGCGGCAGCUUGGAGCUGGCACCUUCACACAAGAGGCCCCCGUGCGGUUCCAGCAAGCCCAGGGGCUGCACGCUGCCGUCUGCGGGGGAGGCCUGGAGGCUGGAGGACGACGACGACGACGACGAUGACGAGGGCGAGGAAGCCGGCCGCCGGCCGCCGGGCGAGCCCCGCCCCCGCUCCCACUCGCCCUUCUCUCACUUCCGCUCGCGGGCCGCCUACCUGCGCAAGAGCGUCUCGGUGGACGACCACCUGGGCCUGGUGGAGUUCGGCAGCCCGGCCCCCGAGGGCAAGGCCCAGAGGUCCAAGGGCAAGCUCAAGAGGAAGUUCAGCCUGGGAUCGGCAGACAGAAAAGAAGCUCAGCAGAAAAAGCCGGAGUCUGGGAUCUCCAAGUUCACCCAGCGGCUCUCCCUGAAGGACCGGCAAACCAAGCCGGAGAAGACAGGGGGAGAGAGGCCACCACCCUACCGGAGACGGUCACUCAGUCUGGACUGGUGUGACUCACCGAAGAUGACUCAGCAGAUUCGGGAGCUCCCGCUGGCCCCAUCCAGGAAGGCUGCUGGUCCCUCCUCACCCAGUGCCGCCCGCCGCCUCUACCGCAACCUGUCCGGAAAGUUCCGGGUAGGGCACCCCGGUCUGGACGACAACGUCAUGUCGGGUCGCGGAGACAGGGACCGCGUCCGGAAGACCUGCAUGUUCCAGAGUAAUGAAGCCCUGUUUGAAGCCGUGGAGCACCAGGAGAUUGACCUGGUGCAGCUACUGUUGGCCCAGUACAGCCUGGAGGAGCUGGAUCUCAACACGCCCAACAGUGAGGGCCUCCUGCCGCUGGACAUUGCCAUCAUGACCAACAAUGUGCCAAUGGCCAAGCUCCUGCUGCACGCCGGCGCCAAGGAGAGCCCGCACUGCCCCCCCGAAGCUCCCAGCAAUGUCCGCCUGUCUGUCAGCAGCAGCUCCAGCCUGCGGGUGACUUUCCACGAGCCGCUGAGUGUCAACUCUGCUGUUGUAACGAAAUACAAGGUGGAGUGGAGCUGCUGUCCCUCAAUGUCUCCUCUGCUGGGAGAGGUAGUUCUGGAAGAUGUCCGGUCCCUCCAGCACACCAUCACAGGGCUGCCGUCAGGGGCUCAGUAUUACGUACAGGUGUUGGCCUACAACAUGAAAGGCUGGGGACCUGCACAGCGGUCCAUCCCCUCCUGCGCAGAACCUUCCAGCUGGAGGGACGUUGAUGGCUGUGAGCUGCGCCACAAGGGGCAGAAGGAGGCCCUAGACCAGCUGCUCAGCCAGAUCAAAGAGGCCCACCAGCACUGCAGGUGUCACGAGCAAUGUAGGGUGCCCCCCCACACACGAAAGCACUCUGUCUCCAAGAGCCUGCGGCACCUUUUCCAGCCGACGAGCAAAUUUGUGAAAAGCCUCAAAAGGGGUUUGUACCUAACAUCCAUAUUGUACAGAGAAGACAACAUUCUAGUCACGCCUGAGGACCAGAUCCCAAUUGUGGAGAUUGACGAUUCUUACUCCAGUUCUCUGAUGCAAGACUUUCUCUGGUUCACCAAGGUGUCCUGUCUCUGGGAAGAGAUUCCUUGGAUGCAGCAGUGCCUGAGCCCUUCCCAGUCCUCCUACUCCUGUGCUCUUCAGACGCGGCUAAAAAUGUUACAGGCCGUUUCUCAGCUGCAGGGCAUGCUGGGAACACAGGAUCUGGGGAGGGUGUACUUUGAGCCCAUCAAGGACAAGCAUGGCAACGCUCUGCUGGUGACUCUCCGUGACCUGAGCGCCAGCCCAGGCCUGGACAGCGUACGAUGGGCCCAGCUCUGUAAACUUCAGCUGCAGCGCAAGUCGAUUUCAUCACCUGAGGAGCCCACUGCUUUGGACAUGCUGCUGAUCACCCUGCACGAGAAGCUAGCCUAUCAUCGGCGCAGCAGGCAGACCCUCUCCCCAGGCCUUUACCUGGGCUACCUGAAGCUCUGCAGCUCUGUGGAUCAGAUCAGAGUCCUGGUGCCACAGAAGCUGCCCAACAUGCUUUGCCACGUCAAGAUCCGGGACAACCCAAACGUCUCCAGGGAGGAGUGGGAGUGGCUGUUGAGCCUUGGCUCGUUGGAGGACACGGUGGCGACAGAGCAGAGAGUGCACAGCCCCCAGCAGCUCUUUCUGCAGGACCUGCGCAGUGCCGCCAUGGAGCUCAUGACGCACAUCAACAUCCCGGUCAACCAGGCUCAGGAAUUCCGUAUCUACAGCCAGGAAGUGCUGGAAUUUGGCGAGAAGGUGUCGAUGCUGUUGCUGUUGCCCCCUUCCGAUGAUGUAUGCACCGCUCCGGGGCAGAACAACCCCUACUCCCCUCGAUCUGGCUUCCUCACCCUACCCCUGCAAAUCUUCGAGCUGGUGCAUUUUGAUGCCUACUGCCCGAGCUUUAUUGGGCAGUACUGCCGUGUCUCGGCCCUGCUGGAGCUGGAGUCGCUGAUGUCCCAACAGACCCUGCGCGAGGCUUUCUCCGAGUCUGAGCUGCUGGCUGCCAAACAGAAACACCAGCAGGUCCAGGAGCACAUGCAGCAAAUGGAAGAAGUGUGGAGGGAGGCUCGGUGGAUCAUGGACUCUCUGCAGUAUGCCAGGUACAAGCAGCCGUCUGGAGGCGUCUCCCUGGGCUGGAUCAUCGACUUCUCCCAGGACGUGGUUCCCGAUAAGCCGAGCUCCACCUCCUCGCAGCCCGAUUACCUGCCCUCCCCGAUGCCCUCGCCCGAGACCAGCCGCAAGCACAACUCUGAUUUCCAUGGCCUCUCGGAUGAAGAGGGCUCUUCGGAGGUCUUCCUCACCACGGACAGCGAUUACGACUCCAGUCGAGCACAAAGCCCCCGGGAGCUGGACCUGCUACCCCCCUCGCCCUGCUCCUCCGCCAUGGAGCCGGGUUUCUCACGCGAGGGUGCCGGGGGCCUGCGGGACUGCACGCCGGAUGUCCUGCAAGCCUCUGAGCCCCCGCCCCCCGAACCCGGGGACAGGAGGCACCCGGCCGAGCUCUUCGACAGCGACUUCAUCCUCCCCAGCCGGCAAAUCGAGCUCCUCCGCAUCACCGAGAAGCGCCAGGCCUUGUGUGUGCGCACCAGCAGCUUGGAGUUCCCCGCGUCCCUCGCCUCGCCCCAGCGCCGCUGGCACCGGCCCUCGUCCGUCGACCGCUGCUCCACCGAGAGGGGCCACCCACCUCUCCCUACCAGGGCCAGGUCGGAGGAGGGGACCACCCGCUUCUUGGAGCCCUCGCCCGGUGCCCGAAGGAAGAGCUCAUACAUGACAAUACGGGUUUAUCCUCAGUACCGAACUGGCCUACCCAAGGAAACCAGUGUUAAGCUCCGCGUCACACAGAAGACGUCCGUGAGGGAGAUGGUGCGGCUGGUGGUGCAGGAGAUGAACGAGGUGUCCCGGAGGCUGCUGGGAAGCCCGGAGGAGUUCAUUUACAGGGAGGAGCAGCUGGAGCACUUUGGCCUGGUCCUCGUGGUGGACGACAAGGAGAAGUGGCUCCAGGAGGAGCUCCGCCCGCUAGAGCUCCAGAACCCGUGGGUCCGCGGGAAGCUGUGCGUGCGCGUCAAGGAAUACUCCCCGCUGGCACUGCAAUUCAGCCGCGCCACUACCGUUUGAGAGAGAAGGGAACCCCUGUGUCCCCCUGCUUCCCAUUGGUCUGGCUCGUCUUUGGAGGAACUCAACUUACUUUAGGCAGCCUCGAUGCCGGCCAGAAGUAAACCUCAUCUGAGGUUCUUGCACGUCUUUACCUGUUACGUUUCCCGUUCGCAGCAGUUCCGACGUCUUUUUGUUUUGGUUUGUUUUUUUGUGCGACAGACGCUGCUGAGACUCUUCCCCCGUAAUGCAGCCGAUCCUCACAAGAUCACGGUCCUUCAAAUGUAGACAUUGAACAGGAUUAGCUACUUUUUUUGGGGGGGGGGAGGAAAAAAUCCAAGACUGGCAAAAGGGAUCUGUUCAAAAGGGUCCAAAGGUUUUUCUUUGGAGGGAGCAAAAUAACAAGUGCUCUCAGUUUAGCGGAAUCAGCCUGCAGGAUAGCAACCACAUAGAAUGUGCUCGGGUAUGAGAAACAUUUAUAGAUGUUUCAUAUAGUGAUGUUACGUGUACUUCUUAUAUUUAGUAUUAAAAACAUCCGAUGCAGUCAAACGUACACUGUUCUGUGACUGCACCGCAACUGAAAACCCUAACCACUGUAUUCUAGAGUCUCUCCAAAAGCACUUCUGGAGUGGUGGUGUUGUGUAUAGGCUAGUGUCCAUUCAGAGAUGUAAACUAUCAGAUGUUAGCCUUCAUGAAGGAUUAAGGGUUCUUCCAGUUCAGUAUCUAUGCCCGUGAGGAGAGAUACGAGAGGCCGUAAACUUAUACUUGACAUGAAAUAAAUGCAAAACAUGGAGACUGGCUGAGAGCCAUGGACUUACUGACUCGAUGGGUUGUCUUUCUCAGGAUUGUGGAAGAGGUAAGAGGAGCUGAAACUCUUGAAGAAUGAACUGCACCGUUUACCAAAGAGACUCUGAAAACGCUGGUUAAACGUUUAUUGUUUCUCAGACAGUUGCGACUGGAACUGGCAAAAACAGAUAGUUAUAUUGCAAACAAUUUGCAAGCAGGAAAAACUCAAGAGAAGCAAUAUUCUUCUUCCAGAUCCUUUUUUGACAUGUGUAGGAAGCCUUGAAUCUUCCUGAACUUGCAAAGACGCCGAAGAUGUAUAUCAUGCUGUACUAGUCAUCAGCCUAGAUGUUUGUAUUUGUGUUUGUUAUACAGAUUAGUGAUAUAUCAGUUGCACAAAGUUAGGGGAGUUAUUUUUUUGUUGUUGAUGUUGAUAUUCUUUCAUUUUGUAAGUUUAAGUACUUGCGUUAGUUAUCUACUGAAGUAAAAAAGAGUGUCCUUUUCCUUCCCCAUUCUUCAGACUCGGUGUCUGAAUGCUUGUUUUAACCUACAAUACUUAAUCUGUCUGGGCAAAGAGGAAGCUCUGAUUGUUUAUUUUGACUUCUAAGAGCUCUGUGUUUGCUUCUGUGGGUCCAACAAAAACAAGUCUUGUGGUAUACUGAUGUUUAUUUGUAAGAGACAAGUCUUAGUUCCACUGACACAGUUUCAUUAUUGUGUAAGAACUUAGAUGUAUCCUUCAGUUUCUACAGUCCGUUUCAGUUUUACUGUAGGGAUGAGCUGCACAAUGUAUACAAACCAGAUGUAAAGGGGAAUUCUGACAACAAACUACAAAGGGGAUAUAAGGUGCUUCGCAGUCUUACUUGAGCAAAGUUUCAGUUACAAUUUUUGUUUAAUGCUGUUGACAUGAAGCUUCUGUGCUAUUUAGGGUAACUGAAAGGGUCCAAGCUAGCUAAGACUGCAGUGAACUACAUGUACAAUAUCCUGUUUUUCACCUCUAACGUUUUACGACAUAUGAAGAUGCAGAAAUCUCUGCUUCCCACAAUUCAGCAAUCUGAACAGCCCGGUUCAUGAAGAAGACAUGACAUCAUUUUUUAAAGUCUAUUUUUAUUGGAUAAUAAAUGAAUAUUAUUAAAAUUA